AUGGAUGAUUGAACACCUAUUGAAGGCUCAGUUUUAAACACUAUAACUGUUGAUGCUACUGACAAAGCAAUAAAAAAGAAAAUGAAAGAGCUUGAUAUAGAAGAAGAAUUCCAUGAUCCCUCUUUAGAUAUCAAAUUAGAAUCUUGGAGCCUUAAUACAUUCGGAAAGCGUUCUGAAACCGUCUUAUCCUGUCCUAGCUGCUUCUCACUCCCCCCCCUCCGUGAGUGAACAAAAAAAUUUUGUUCGCUCACGGAGGGGGGUUAAUUUUUUUUUUUUAAAACAAUUUAUAUAUAAAUUUUAUAAAAUAUAUUUUUUUUCGAAAUAUAAAAAAAAAUCCUAAUUCGCAAAAAUUGAAAAACACAAAUAUUAAUUUAAUUUAUAAAAUUUAUGUUUUAAAAAGCAAUUCGUUUAAAAUAAUACAGAAUUAGCUCUAGAUUUCAUUAUACUAAUUAUCAUUUAUAUAUCAAAUUUUUUUCAAUAAAAAUAUUUUCUAUUAAAAAAUUUUUGUUCACUCACGGAGGGUGGGUUUUUGGGCAAAAAAAUAGCGAUUUUUCUAAUGGUUUUGUUCACUCACGGAGGGGGGGAAGUCAGUAAUUACUUAUAACUCAAUCCCUCAAGAAAAAUCAUUCCUUUCGAAAAAAACCAUAAAUACCUCUUUCUCAAAAACUGUUGGGACUUCAGAAAAUGAUAUAAAUUUCCUCAUAAAUUGCAAAAUCUGUAUGGCUGAGCUAGGGGUUUAUGAUCCAAGCCUAAAAAAUUACCAUUUGUUAUAUUGCCUCCCAGGAUAUGGCUAA